GAACCCAUGUUCCCUGCCUUGGCAGGCAGACUCUUAAACGACUGGAAAAGAGUCACCAGGAAAGCCCCUAGAGUAUCAUUUUAAUCCUGUUACUGUCAGGGAGUGAUGGAGAAGGCUUGCUAUUCUCAGGUAUAGAUUAACCUAGAAGGUAAACGUCUUGGGAUUUACUUAACAUUGAGGUUCAUGACCUUGAGAGUUGCUUUUUGUACUAUUUCUAAAAUGGAAAUUUAGCUAGAGGUGUUUUAACAAAAAUCUUUUUGCCAUUUUUUUUGUUACGUCCUUUUUCAAAUGGACACACUUUCUGUGACUAGAUGUUGUUUUAGACCAGGGUUCCUGGCAUCCUUAAUCAAUAGAUAUUGAUCAGAGGCCAGACAAGAAAUUCAGGCAAGGCUAUAUCGUGGCCCCUGCUGCAGCAGAGGGGAGUGAGCAGGUUCCUUACAUGGGGUGAGGGUAGGGGUGUGUCCAGGGAUCCAGCAGAGGGGUGGCUUAAGUGGUCUGCCCAUCCCCUAGGCUACGUUGUGUGCAGGGGGCAUGCGCAGUAUCCUGCUUUUGCUCCCCACUCCCUGCUUUUGCUGCCAGCUCUUCAGAGGUGCCAGUUGGGCUUUUUGGUCUCCUUUUAUCUAGUUGUCCAGAAUUUGCCCCAACUGUGCAUGCACACAGUUAUUUUUAGCCCCUAUUCGUUUCUUUGUAUUUUGUUGCUUAAGGAAACAUUUGUCCAGGUGCAAGCAUUGCAGCACUGCAGCAAACGGUCCCAGGUCCCAGCUUGUCUCAAUGUGAAGACAGGCAGAAACUCCUGCUGGAGGACUGUAACAUUUGUGGCUACUGUGCCUUUGUGCAUGCUUCCCGCAGUCCUUUUCUCAAUGUGAUUCAGUAUGUUAAAUUUCCUUAGUACAACCCUGCAAACUGUGAAUAUUUUAGAGACUAUUCUGAAUAUUUUAUUUCCUAGGAGAUGACAAUAUCCAAGUUAGCAGACUUACAAUGAUCAAAUGAGCUAAUAUAUGAAUACACCUAAUGUAGUAGGAACACUGGAGGCAAUAAAGGUUGAUUCUGAUCAAUUUUGACCCUUAUUUCAACUUUGAACCUCAGGAUUUUAGGGGCAAAGUAUUUUUCUUAGAACACUUUAUCUUCUCUUUCUUACUCAGUAAAACCAUUGUGUACAUUUGUUAGCUCUUUUGAUUAUCUCUGUUAGAAGGAAGAACAGAUAAUUAUUGUACAUAACUAAUUUCACCUAACAUGGAAUUUUUUAAAGUAAUUUUUCUUCCUGAUUGUAAAAGUAGCAUGUGCUAAAUGUAUAGGAAACUUGGAAAACACGAAGAAGUAGAAAAAAAAAGGAAGCAAAAGGAAUCCAUAAUCCCACAACUAGAGAUCAUCUUACUAACGUUUUGGAUCUCAGCUAAAAGGGAAGCACCUUCGAAGAGUGAUUGCAUAGUUGGGAAUGAAAAGCACUGAAGUCUGAACAGAUGCUGAAAUGAAUCGUCACCUGUUUGUUUGGCUUUUUAGACAUCUGUGUCUUAAUGGUCACCACCAGUGCCAUGUCCAUCUCCAUUCUCAUCAGCUUACACAGAUACCUCUUGACACAAGGCUGUGGGUUUUUAGACAAAACAGGAAUCACAUUCUCCAUUGUCUGUUAAGUGAGAAUUGGUCCAGGAGAUAUUGUCAUCAAGAUACCAGGAUGCUCUGGAAGCAUAAAGGACUACAGAAAUACAUGGAGGACCUGAGUAAGGAGUACCAAACACUUGAUCAUUGUUUGCAGCAUAUCUCUGUGAGUGAAGGGGACCGGAGGUCCUUGAAUCAACGGCAUGCUGAGCUGGCUCCGCUUGCAGUCAUUUACAAAGAAAUUCAGGAGGCUGAACAAGCCAUUGAAGAAUUAGAAUCAAUGUGUAAAAAUCAGCAGGUUUUUCUGGUACCUCUGACCCGAGACUUAUGUGCACAAGGUCUAAAUAAACAAGAUGAAAAGCAGUUACAAGAACUUGCUUUGGAAGAGAGGCAAACCAUUCUUCAGAAAAUCAACAUGUUAUACAGUGAGCUUCUCCAGAGUCUAGUGCCAAAGGAGAAAUAUGACAAAAAUGAUGUUAUUUUAGAGGUGACAUCUGGAAGAACUACUGGAGGUGAUAUCUGCCAACAAUUUACCCGGGAAAUAUUUGAUAUGUAUCAGAAUUAUUCAAGCUACAAACACUGGAAAUUUGAACUUCUGAAUUAUACACCAGCUGAUUAUGGUAGGUGUGUUUCCCAGACCUUACAGUGGGAACUCUCUUGUUGUCUGGCCAAGGACCUCAAGCUGAUGAUCCAGUUUCUGGAUCCAGCUGCCCAAUUGCAGCCAGUAGAUGUGAAAGUGGACCCCAAGGAUUUACGAAUAGAUACAUUUCGAGCCAAAGGAGCAGGAGGGCAGCACGUUAAUACAACAGAUAGUGCUGUCAGACUUGUCCAUGUCCCCACAGGACUUGUAGUAGAAUGCCAACAAGAACGAUCACAGAUGAAAAAUAAAGAAAUAGCUUUGCGUGUGUUGAGAGCUAGACUCUACCAGCAGAUUAUUGAGAAAGACAAGUGUCAACAACAGAGUGUGAGAAAACUGCAGGUGGGAACAAGAGCCCAGUCAGAGAGAAUUCGGACAUAUAAUUUCACCCAGGAUAGAGUCACUGACCACAGGAUAGCAUAUGAAGUUCGUAAUAUUAAGGAAUUUUUAUGUGGGGAGAAGUGCCUGGAUCAGCUAAUUCAGAGAUUGCUUCAAUCAGCGGAUGAAGAAACCAUUAAUGAAUUUUUGGAUGAAAAUCUUAAAUCAGCAAAAUAAAUACUGAUUUAUAAUUUAUUAUUAUAUAAAUGAAAUGGACCUAUGUCAAGAAGCAGACCGAGGUAGGGAAAUCUUUAUGAAAGUUGAUAAAGAGCAGCUAAAAAUACAUGGUACUCACAAAAAUAUUUUUUAAUGAAUCCAGUCACAUUUCUUGACCUAAGUUUAUUUUAGGUUUCCUGUAAAGUACAAUCCAGGUCUUCAAGUAGAAACAAAGCAUGCAUUGUUGAAAAGAGAAAUAAAGUAUUGAGAAUUGA